AUGGAUGCAGAAGUCAAGUCGAUGCGUGUACGUCUGGAGCCGACCGCCAGCGAAAGCGCCGCAGGCCCUACACAUCUUGAACUCCUGUACCAAAAGCCGCCAGGUACUUCCACUGAAAUGCCAACAAUACUCAUGCUUCCUUUCUGGGGCGGUUCAGCAUCAACGUACCGGCCUGUACUGGCCACUAUGGCCUCGGAAUUGCCGAGCAGUAUCUCGCUUGCGGUAUCAUACCGUGGCACAGGAGGCUCCGCGCCGCCCGACCCAGACAGCCCUGAUCAGCACAGCGUACCUGCCUUGGCGAACGAUGUAGUGAAGCUAAUGCAGGCUGAUCAAAUUCAAGAGCUCAUUCCGUCCAAGAGACUUGUCAUCUGCGCACACAGCAUGUCAGCAAAAGUUACCGUGCAGCUCUUGCGGAAACUCGAGAUAUCAAAUGCUCGCUUUGGUAUAGAGGGCAUCGUAUUCCUUGCUCCUGCGCCACCAGGACCUUUCGAGCUGUCAUCUGACAUGCGAGAGCAACAACUAACGGCAUAUCAGAGUCGUGAGAGUGCGGAAUGGGUGCUGCGCAACGUCCUUACCACUGGUAAGCUUAAUGCCGAGCAGUACAGGACACUGGCGGAAAACUGUUUCAAUAUGAGCCCAGGUGCGAAAAGAGGUUGGAUCGAGCGUGGAAUGCAGUGGUCCUGCUUGGACACUUUAGCUGCCCUGAGAACUAAACCCAAGGUACGUAUCCUCGUGGGCAGUAACGAUCUCGUGGAGCCAGUGGAGCGGGUGAAGACCGAAACACUGGAGAUACUCCGGAUGCAAGGCUUCGAUGUGGAAGUGCAGAUGGUGGAGGGGUCUGGGCAUCUUCUGCCAGUAGAAGCACCGGGAGCGGUUGUACAGGAAGUCAAGAACAUGGUUGAAGGUAAAUAG